AGUCCAAAUUUCCAGCCUUGCAUGUGAAUGAGAUGAGGGUCCAUUCAUCCGAAGACUUUAGAGUAAUGAAAUUGGCUAAAAAUGAAUUAGUGCGUCCUAUUCCCACCAUUCUACUGGAAUGGUAUUUCCAAUUAUCCAAAUUUGACCAUCAUUAUGAAUUCAUCAUUUUACAAUUCUACAGUAGCUUUUAGUUUUUGUCAAUCUUCCUCAAAUCACCACUUUACUUGCUUAAACGCUUUUAGGAUCACUUGUUUUUUUUUCUUUUUUUUGCAGUGACAGUGAAAGUGCCUUGUAAUUUGAUUUGGAGCAUCAACCAGAUUAUUCAGCAACAUUCACACAGGAUGUCAGCUGGGAUAGCAAUUUUGACAGGAGGAGCUGGACAAGCAGCCGGAUCAUUAGUUGGACCUGCAACAGAUGCUGGUAAAGGAAUAUACAAGUCUCUGAAGCGCAAAUAUAACUAUAUCAGAAACUUGGGUCGAAAUUUUGAGAAACUCAAGAAAGAAGUAAGAUAUCUUUCUAGCCGAGUGCAGGAUGUGAAUGAUAAGAUUGCUAGGAAUCAGGUGAUGAUGGAGAAGACACAUGAAUGUGCUACUUGGUUGGAUGAUGUAAAACAAUUAACAGAAAAUAUGAAAGAUUUGACAGCUAGAUAUCAGAAAGCUAAUAUGACUGGCUCUUGUGGACCCUGUCAGUUGCGCACUCGUCUGAAUCUCAGCAGAGAGAUUGUUAAAGUGACUCCAUCUGUAGUUGAACUCAAAGACCGGAUGAAUCUUGAACGUAUCUUAUUGAGAGAACGGCCACCUGAAAGAGUUGAGAAGAAGUUUCCAAAGAAAAUAGAUGUUCCAACACUUGGACAAAAUGUGGAAAAACUCCUAGAGUUACUUAAAAAUGAUAGCAUAAAGAAAAUUGGUGUAUGGGGGAUGCCUGGAGUAGGGAAAACAACCAUUCUAGAAACUCUGCAUGAUGAAGUAGAAAAGCAUCAGAUCUUUGAUAUUGUAAUAUGGGUGACUGUAUUGAAGGAGGUUAAUCCUGAUCAGAUACAAUGUGAGAUCUUGAAGCAGUUGGGUGUGAAAAUACAAGGGAGUGAUGCUGAAAACCAACCAGCAACUUUGAUAUCCAGAUCACUAGAAAAGAAGAAAUAUUUGCUCCUUUUAGAUGAAGUUUCCUCGGAAAUUAAUCUGCGUGACAUAGGUAUUCAUGACAGUCAUGUUCUUGGGAAAGUGGUGAUAGCAACAAGAGAGAGAACCAUUUGUGACUCAAUGGACAUGGAUGAAGAGAUCAAAGUGGAUAGAUUGUCUAGAGAUGAUGCACGUAAGUUAUUCCGUGAUGCUAUAGGUGAAGCAGUUGAGCACCCAGGAAUCAGGCCUAUUGCUGAAAAGGUUCUGAGACAGUGUGGAGAGUUACCACAGGUUAUUAAAGCAGUAGGAAUCCAUUUGAAAGGAAAACUAAACGAAGAUCUAUGGAGAAACACAUUAUCAAGAUUACAGUCCCCAAGUAUGUAUCAAUUGAAACAUAUGGAAGAAGUGUUCACUGCUUUCCAACUCAUUUACCAAGAGUUGCAUAGUAGUCUAAAGGAUUGCUUGUUGUAUGGAGCUUCAUUUCCUGAAGAUUAUGAGAUUUAUCGAGACUACUUGGUUGAAUGUUGGAAGGCAGAACAAUUGAUUGGGGUUGGACAGACUUUGAGGAAAGCUUGUGAAGAAGGUAAUUCAAACUUAGAAAAUUUAACUGAUAGAUGCUUAUUUGAUCGUUGUAAAAGCACGAAAUAUGUGAAGAUGCCCAUCAUAUUCAGGAAUGCAGCUAUAAGAAUGGCUUAUCAGCAAAACUUUGGGUUAUUGGUAAUCGAUGGAGAACAACUAUACGACACUUAUCCUCUUGUUGAAGAAUGGAGCAAUGCCAAAGUAGUCUCAUUGAUGAAUUCUGAUUUAGUUGAGUUGCCUGAGAAUCUCAAAUGCUCCAGGAUUUCAUCUUUAUUUCUCCAGAAGAAUAAAAACUUGUCAGAUAUACCAACAUCAUUCUUCAAAAGUAUGCCCACCCUCAAAAUUCUUGAUUUGUAUGGAACAGGCAUCAAAUUUCUCCCAUCAUCUGUUUCUGAGUUAACCAACCUUAGCGGCCUUUAUCUUAAUGACUGCCAACAACUGGUGCAUCUACCUGCAGAGAUUGGGAAGCUUCAUAAUCUUGAAGUCCUUGACAUACGCCGCACAGGGAUUCGUGAUUUUCCUAUGGUGAUCAAGGAACUAACUUGUCUUCGAUGUUUGCGAGUUUCAUUCACUAGUGAUUCAAGCAUCCAAAACCAUGUUGAAUGUAAUGGUGACAUUUCUCCAUCCAGAAUUUUUGAACAACUUCUCAAAUUAGAAGAGUUGACUAUUGAUGCAGAUCCAAAGGAUUCAAAGUGGAACAAGAUAGCUCCUGAAAUUGCUCAACAACUGGCCAACUUAAGGAAGUUAAGCUCUCUUUCUUUCUACUUCCCGACUACAGAAUCACUCGAAACUUUUACUCAGACUAGCAUGUCUUGGAAGAAUGGCACUCCUCAUAUUGGGAGAAACUUCAGAUCAUUCAAUAUAUAUGUUGGUUCUUAUGGGACUCAUCACAACUCAUCGCAGUUUGAUAUUUCCAAAUGUUCAGGUCGACGAUAUCUUCAAUUCUGUGAUGGAAAGGACACUCCUAGUGUAAUUAAAGAGGUGCUUGGAAUAACUUGUGCUUUCAAACUCAUCGGUCACCAGAACAUCAUAAACUUUUCAGACUUCGGUAUUGAUAAGAUGGAAGGUUUGGAAGUUUGUGAGGUAAAAGAAUGUAACAUAAUGACAACUUUCGUAGGAAGUAUUAUGGAUGGAACUCAUGCAUUCCCAUGGCUCAGGGAGUUACAUCUUGUGAAGUUGCAACAAUUAGAUCAUAUUUGCCAAGGACCAAUUUCCUCAGGUAGUUUUGCACGGUUGAUAACUUUAACUGUGUACGAUUGUCCAAAUUUGUUGAAAGUUGUUUCAAGUCAUAUGGUUAAACAACUCACAGAACUGCAACAUCUGAGAGUAGAAAAAUGUUCUCAAGUUAUGGAAGUUGUUGAAUUCGACACCCAGUCCACAGUUACUGCCACGUUUCCCAAGUUGAAAGUUCUAGAGCUUAUCAACCUUGAAGAACUUGUCAAUAUUCAUGUGGGUGAUUCAAUUGAAUGGAAUGCACUGCAACAAGUAGAUAUUGUUGAAUGUGAGAAACUCACCAGUCUGUCCAUAAACAAAAUGAAUGCUACGAAGUUGCAGCGUAUCAAAUGCAGUGCAACUUGGUGGAGAGCAUUGAUGUUGAAUGACGAAAUUAGAGAACAUCUUGAGACCUUUUUAUUGCUUCACUGAGGAAAACUAGAGUGUAGCCCAGUACAUGCAUUGGAUUUUGUACUCUGAGAAUUAUUCCGGAUUUAGAAUGAAAUUUCAAGUAAUAUUUAAUUUCAUUUCAUUUAAAGAGAGAGGAAGGAUUAUCUCUGACAUGAUUAGUCUGCAAGCAGAAAAGGAGAACUUCUUGACAAGGUGUUAAGCUUCUCAGGUCUCAUCCCGAAGCUAGUGACUGGAGUCUGCUUGCAAUGUACAACACAAGUAUAUAUAUUCUUCCUUCCGUUGAAGUAUUUUUUUCAAUCCAGUAAAGAUAUCAACUUCAAUCCAAAAUGCUUAGACAGCUGAUAGUCCUCAGGACAUCAUUGUUUUCUGGUGUGACUCUGUAGUACACAAAUUUUUUCAAAUUAGUUGUAUCCAACCAUCUUUCAGGAGUGGAUCGCUAUGGUAAUCUUACAAACAGGGAGUGGCCGAGGGCCUUUUUUUUUUUUUUUUUUUUUUUUUUUUUUUCCAUUUUUGCAUCUGGUGUUUCUCAGACAAGCUGAAAUCUGCUAUUUAUUUUAUUGUGACAACUCUAGUCUCCAAACAUUCGAGUUGGAAAGAAGAUAUAUAUCAAAUGCAUAUAACAAUUGUUUACA